AUGUGGCAACGUGCCAACGAAAUUGUGUGGCCAUUAGUAAGGUGCUGUCUGAGUCAAUCAUAUUGUUUCAACAGGGACAUCACACCACCGUGGAAGCCAGACGUGAAUGGUGAUAUGGAUACUAAAUACAUUCCCGAUGAAUUCCAACGAGAGAACGUGGCUGUAACACCUCCUGAGAAGAGCGUCUAUUCUGACUUUCUCGACCAGCCGUAUUUCCAGCGCUUCAGCUACCACGGUAGUCGCCAAAGCCUCAGUCGUCAAAGCGUGUUGAGUUUUGGUGACAAUGGCUCCAUUCCCGAAGGGGCCUAUCCUAACUAG